CAGAAGAAGGCCACGAAGGCUCCGUCCGUUGAGUCGGCGUCUACGUCGGCAUCGACUACUUCGUCGGAUAUGUUCGAAGAGGCUAUUGAGUCAGCUUCUAGCUCCACGUCGGGUUCUGAUGAUGCUAGUGGUUCUGAGGCGUCGGACAGCGGCAGCAGCGAUAGUAGUAGCGAAGUCUCUGGCUGCGAUGAGGUUUGUACGGACGACUUCGAUCCUGUGACGGACGAGGAUGGCGUCACAUACUCAAACAAAUGCUUCAUGCAAAUGGCGAAAUGUAAGCAACGCAAAAACGGGAAAGCGAAAAAGAUCUACUCCGCCGAUGGUUCAAACUACCCGUUGGAAGGUAGUCGAGACUCGGAAUCUCCGAUACAGUUGGCUGAGCCACCAACCGGCUCAACCAAGUCUGAGAAACCCUCAAAAUCUCUCCGAGGCGCUUUCAGCUCGUCUGGAUCCGACAAUACUCCGUUCCAGCAAUCUAGCGCGUAAAGUUGAACUGAAUGACUGGGGCGUAGGAUGGCAUGGACGUAAGAUUCACCACGACGCAUUCUCUUUGAUACUCUUGAAUGAAGAAGUCGUAACCAAUGUAGC